AUGCUCUCGUCUUUUCUUAAGUCCUUGCCCCGGCUCGGAAGAAGAUGGACACCUCUCAACUUCACCAAUCAGAAUUUCACUCGGAUACCAACGAGCCAUGCAAUCGAGGAGGAAACUAUCCCAGGCUAUGUUGCUGGUCGGUAUUAUCCUACUCGAAUGGGGGAAAUACUCAAGGACCGAUACCAAGUUGUGGGGAAGCUGGGGUUUGGAGUCAGCUCAACCGUGUGGCUCGCACGUGAUAUAGACUAUCGUCGCUAUGUCACUCUUAAGAUUUUCAUAAAGUCCACAACGAUGGGCCAGCAAUUGGAUGACGAGCUGAAGAUAUACAAACGUAUCGAAAGCGCUCCCCGGAAUCACGCAGGUCGCAAGUAUGUUAGAUCUCUGCUGGACUCCUUUGAUAUCAGUGGACCUGAAGACAAACAUCGAUGUCUCGUGCAUCCCCCGUUGUGGGAGAGUAUGUUGGAUUUCCUGUUCCGCAACCCGGUGCAGAGACUACCAACACCGAUCUUGGCAGUGACGCUUCAUCGUCUAUUUCUUGCAUUAGACUAUUUGCAUACAGAAUGCAAGAUCAUCCAUACUGAUAUCAAAGCAGAUAACAUUAUGUUCGGCAUUGCUGAUGAUUCCGUUUUCAGAGAUUUUGAAAACGAUGAGCUUCAAGAUCCUUGUCCUAGGAAGGAGUUAGAUGGAAGGACAAUCUAUACCUCCAGCGUGCUUAGAACGCCUAAAGACGUAGGCGCGCCUGUCCUCUGCGAUUUCGGCUCGGCUGUGAUGGGCGACGAACAGCACACCGAAGACAUUCAGCCGGAUAUAUAUCGAGCACCGGAAGUGAUCUUGCAAGUUCCAUGGUCAUAUAGUGUCGAUGUAUGGAACGUGGGAUGUGUGAUUUGGAACCUUUUCGAAGGGGGAUCGCUGUUUAGCGGCCAGGACCCAGAGUUCAAGACUUAUAGGAGUCGAGCUCAUCUUGCCGAAAUGAUACGCCUGCUCGGUCCGCCACCGCCAAACUUCCUUGCCCGGGGGAAUCACACGAAAAAGUUCUUUUCAGAGGAAGGUGACUUUCUCAUUGGAAAAUUAGUAGGAGAACACGUACCAAUCGAGCAAAGGGAGACUAGUCUCGAGGGAGAGGAAAAAGAGAUGUUUCUUCGCCUAGUGCGGAAAAUGCUACAAUGGGAGCCCGAAAAGCGAAGCUCUGCCGCGGAACUCGAACAGGACGAAGUGCGAAGCGCAUGCGAAUACACCGAUAUCCCCACUCCGCUCAUACAUGGAGAAGUCUCCCCUUUAAGCCGUGACGCGUCUAGGCAGUCUUUUAGGGCAUUAGCGGACCUGCAGCGGCGAUCCAUUUGCAUUAUGACGACAAUUCCGACAUCCGAUUCCGAGUAA